GUAUUUUAACUGUAGCUUUUACUCACACGUGAAGGAUGGUGAACACGAAAGGUUACCGGAGGGGUACUAGGUACCUCUUCGCCAGAAAAUUCAGGCAUCACGGUGUGGAGCACCUCUCUACAUAUCUGCAGGUGUACAAGCGAGGAGACUAUGUCGACAUCAAGGGCAACGGAGCCUUCCAAAAAGGCAUGCCAUUUAAGUUCUACCACGGCAAGACGGGAAGGGUUUUCAAUGUGACACGGCAUGCAGUUGGUGUCAUCGUCAACAAGCGGGUCAGGCACCGCGUUAUUCCAAAGCGCAUCAAUGUCCGCAUUGAACACAUUAAGCACUCCAAGUGCCGACAGGAAUACCUGGAGCGCAUCAAGAAGAACCGCGUCCUCAGGGAGGAAGCCAAGAAGGCUGGCAUCAAGAUUUCCCUCAGGAGACAGCCUGAAGGCCCAAGGCCUGGACACUUUGUCAAGCUGAAUGGAAAGCAGGAGCCUGAAUUGGUGCAGCCUCUGCCUUAUGAGUUCAUUGCCUGAGCCUUUUCAUCCUGUUGAAAUAAAUAUACAAAAAAAAAAUCGUGCCGAGUUCUUC